CUGCAAGCCGUGCACAUCUCUCAAGGCAUUUCUCUCGAUCUCCUUCGACAAACUCAACAACAAAAAUUACGAAAAUGGCACCACAAACUGCAUCCACAUACGUCUCGAAGACACAGCACUAUCUGAAGGUGAAGAAGCCAUUGCUGGAGCGUCAGCGUCGGGCACGCAUGAACAAGUGCCUCGACACACUGAAGACACUUGUUGCCGAGUUCCAGGGCGACGAUGCCAUCCUGCGACUGGACAAAGCCGAAAUGCUCGAGGCAGCACUUGUCUUCAUGCGCAAACAGGUCAUCAAGCAACAGGCGCCAGUCUCUCCGGUGCCCAUGGACAGUUUCAAGAAUGGCUACAUGAAUGCCGUCAGCGAAAUCUCUCGUGUUAUGGCCUGCACCCCGGCAAUGAGCGUUGAUGUGGGCAAAACAGUGAUGACACAUCUGGGUAUGGAGUUCCAACGCAUGCUGCAAGCCGAUCAGCAACCACAACAGCAGCAACAACAAAAAUUGUCUGCAGUCAGCCGUCCUUCGAGUCCUGCCUCGUCGGGCUAUCACAGCGAUGCUGAGGAAUCCGAGGCAGCAGCCAGCCCUCAGCCAGCCAGCAACAGUCCAAUGUGGCGCCCCUGGUAAACAGCAGCAGCAGCAGCAACCACAACUACAAACGACAACAAAUCAUGUCUUCCAACUACAAACAUAACAACGAAUCAUGUCUUCCAAUUGACUCGAUGUAAACCUGUGAUAACAAGAGCUUUACUUAGAUUUAAACAACUCAUAAUUAGUGAUAAGAAAGAAACCGACAGCUUUAUUAGUAAUAGGAAACUACUAACUUUAAAUAAUAAGAA